AAAGUGGCUUCCGCAGAGGAUGGGGCCAGAGUAGUGCAACAGUCCACGUUCAACGUAGACGAUCUCCGCUCCCAUUGGUCGAGUCUGCGUCCAACAUGGACAAUUCUCGACGCUCAUUGUUCCAGACUUGACGCCCAUGGAUGUGAACGAGCAAUCAGAGGCGCGUUGUGCCCAACCUAGAGAAGCAAUCAGAUCGCGAGCAUUGACACGCUGCACGCGGACCAGACUAUCACAAGCAAAGAUGGCAACUUUCAUCCGGGUCACAAACCCAAACGCCCCAGCGCAUCGCCAGCAGGCCAUUAUUGUGGCUUCAAAAGAGGCCCGCUUGUAUCGGGAGAACAAAAAAAUCUUCCCUCAACCUCCACCAGAGCUGCUCCAUCAGUUCACCGCCCUAGGCCAUGCAGAAAAACUGCUGCGGGCUGAAGGGAUCUCUUCACCAUCCCAUCAGCAGUGUCUGGGAAGGCUGGUGUUGCCUUUUGGGCAGUACAAGAACGCCCCUUUCCACUGGCUUGUGGCCAAUGAUGUUGGAUACCUGAAAUUCCUAGUUGACAAACACAGAGCGGAGGUGAUUAACCCGGCUCGAAAAGGUGAAAUUGGGAACCAGUGGAUAAAAGACUGCCUGACGGAAUACGCAGAGAGCUUCCCUCAAGUCUCCAUUCUCCUCGAGGCCAACAUAGAUCGGUGCAUCUAUGGCCAGAAAGGGUUUGAAGACCAUACCUUUCAGGAGAUGUGGGAGCUCCACCGGCAGUAUGCAGCCCAAAAAGACAGGCCAGAGACAUUUAGCAUGAAGGAGAGGGAGAUGAUUCAAAAAGCAAACAGCUCGGUGAGGAGAUGGUUGAACACACCGCUGACCCACAUCACCAGCGUGCAGAUGAAGAGGUUCCGAAAAUACAUAUCAGAAAAGGAACAACAACAGCUGAAAAUGGGCAAUCCAUCUUCAAUGUCUGCUGCUGCUGAUGAUGCUGAGCUGAUGGCUGCAUGUCAGGCUGUGGAAGAUUUAGUGACGUCUCAGGAGUCCGCUAGUGCAAGCCAAGGCAGUAGUCGGCUUACUGAGAUUGUUUCUAAAGAAUCCCAGCCUACAAAAAAGAAGUCAGCCAGCCGGGUCAAGUCAUCCUCAUUUUCCCCUCGGAAAGAGAUGACUGCCUCAACCGCAUCUUCCUCCCAGCCUCAGAUAUCCUCAUCUGCCCCCCUUCAUCCAGAGAGGACCUCCCCAUCUGCAUCCUCCCAGCCUCAGAUAUCCUCAUCUGCCCCCCUUCAUCCAGAGAGGACCUCACCAUCUGCAUCCUCCCAGCCUCAGAUAUCCUUAUCUGCCCCCCUUCAUCCAGAGAGGACCUCCCCAUCUGCAUCCUCCCAGCCUAAAAUCAGUAAGAGGCCCGUUCUGUCUGGAACCAUUGCACAGCACUCUGCAUCUGUUCUUCAGACCAGUGCGUUGGCCUCCACAUCCCAGAGUCGCGUCACUCCUGUGGAACUGCCUCAGAGUGACUCACCUGUGGAAUUAGAGGGUUGGGUGCGUCUGUGGGAAGACCCCAAUGGCAUCCCGCCUGCUGACGUCAAUUGGCUGAAGGAGGACACAGAGAGAGGACUCUUCACAGCUGUUCAAACAUAUAAAGAUGUUUCUGGCCAUCUCAAGAGGAGGCGAGUGAUGAAAUCAGACCGGAUGUGGUUUUACCCUCCGGAGCCUCCUGGUUUCAUCAGCGCUGGUCUACCGGCUCCACACCUCUUUUUCCGGAGCCGCGUCUUUGUCUGGCGUCCUGUGGGAGUUUGGAGGUACUCUCUCAAGUGUCCUCGGGGUGACACCUGUGCAGGUGCAGGGCGAGAUGUGCACCUCUACAAGUCUGGCUACCAUCAUCGGGUACGGCACAUAUGUGACGUGCCCAGCUGGUACACAAUGCUGACUGAGGUUUUGUGUUGUGGACCAUGCACGAAGGCAGCCAGAAACAAGGAGGGGGGCACAGUGGGGCGCUGGCUUGCAUGGGAUCGUGUCAUUCUGUCUCAGCUCAGUGAGGCCCAUCAAGCCAUGUUCCCUGCAGUUCUCACCUGCAAGCGCGGCGUGGACAAGAAUGUUGUUCGCCUUCUGCGGGACAGAACAGAGGGCAACACCAUGGUGAAGGUGUGGCGGCAGGUCCAGGAAAACCACCAUGAAGAAUAUCUUCAUCGUAAGGACCUGUACACCACCCUUCUGAUGGGCACCCUGGAGCCGGGUGGCAUUGUUUCCGCUUUGGGGCACACCUUCCGCCCUCCCCCCCCCUCCAGAGAGUUACCCUCCGCGCGACUGCUGCGGCACGCCUUUCUGCUGGCAGAGGCCGACAAUGUGCAGGACUACAGGAACCAGAUCCUCUCCAACUUUGGCACUGUGCUGAAAAUGGAUUCCACCAAAAAAGUGGUUAAGAAGCUGUCUGGAGAGGCUCAUGGGUCAGCCGAGUGGUUCACCAGUGUUGGAAACGAGCACUCCCAAAUUGUGACCUUCGUGCUGACCUGCGAGGAAUCCACAGACAAGCUUCGGCCCAUGUGUCAAGGACUGAUGGAGAGGUUUGAGCAGGCCAAUCAACCGGCUCCGAAGAUCCUGUACGUUGAUCGGGGGUGCUGCCGCGCUCAAGGCCCAACAGCGGUGGAGACUUUGUUUCAGCCUUGGGUUGACCGUGGGAUGGUGGUUCGGCUGGACAUCUUCCAUUGGAUCCACCGGUUCGACGCAGCCAUCCGGACUGAUAGCCACUCCAAAUGCGCUGCAUUCAAGUCUGCACUGGCUGGGGCAGUGCUGGCUUACAAUAAAGGCGACCUGGAUCUGCUGAUAAAGGCUGUCAGGGCUAAGGGGGAAGCCUUGAAGUCUUUGUCGGAUGACUGCGUCAUCCAGCAGCACAUCUCCAGGGAGCAGCUGAAGCACCACGUGCGGAGGGUGACUCUGGGACCACAGGAAACAUUCCAGCUCAUCCAGGGGGCGAUCGAGGAGCUGAAAGGUCCAGCUGGUCUGGAUGAAAGUGGAGUGAGCCUCUUCAAGACACCAGAAGCCAUCGAUGAGGUGUGGGCGUGCCAGCAGCGGCAUCUGGGCUGCAUUCAGGAUCCACCUGACAUGUGCAUGUACAGGGUGGCUCGUGUUACCAACAUCAACGGUGUGGAUGUGCCUUUUUAUAAAUGCCUUCGAGGAAGCAACAGCUUGGAGGGUUUCCACAAAGUGCUGCCACACAUGAUUCCAGGGCCACACUGUGCUGCACGUCCAUAUCAGGUUUACCUGAUAAGCGGUAUUGCUCGCUGGAACUCCGACAGGAGCGCAGAUGCCGUGUUUGGAGGCAGAGGGCGGAGACACCGGACGUACUCUGCUCCGCUGAUUGACAGGCUCAACAGACGCUGUCAGCAGCUGUUUGGAGAGACUGUGGAAGAAAACUUCCAAACUCCCGCUGAUGUGGCCUCAAAGGAGCUCCUGGGUUUGGAGUACCUCUUCAGCCAGAGCACAGGGGAAUCUGGACCUUUUUCCCUUCAGGACAUCAUGUCAGAUGGACCUGGUCCAGAAGAGGAGGUGGUUCCACCUGAGCAGCUGGAUCCAGAAGUGGAAGAUGAGGCCUACCACAGCGACAGCGAGGAGCAGAGUGAUGUUCUCCACGCCACCCCAGCCCACAUCAACAUCACCAGCCACGACACCUCCACUCCUCACCCGCCAGCCUUUGAGGAUGUCUGUAGUCCGAAUCCUCUUCCUGGAUUCCAGAGGCUGGAGAGAUUCUGCUCUCUGCUCGUGGAGAUUGGCGUGAGGGAGAACAAGCUGUCCCUCACCACAGAGCAGAGGAGCCAGGUUGUGGAAGCCUGGAACGCCGUGGAGGAACAUGAUAAGCAGCCGCAGAAGUUUCACCAGCUGUACAGGACACACUGGGGCAACACCUUGUACUGCAGGACCAAAAGGGAUGAUCUUGUUGAAGCUGCCGUUAUCCAGAAGGUGAAAAUGGCUAAACGGUACGCUCCAGCUCAGCAAGACAUCACCGCCCAAAACAACAGGCUGAUGUACACGCUGGUGAAACUGUUGUGGCUGCGGACUCCUCACGGCUCUCAAAGCAGCCCGGAGAAGACCAACAUUCUUAAAGCGUAUGAACGCAUCCAGCAUUGUCUUCUGGUGGAGGACCCAAUCCUGUCCAGGGCGGGGAUCCCUCUACCAAAGAUAAACAGCAAGACGGUGAGAGACUUUAUUCGCUUUCAGGAGAGGCUGCUGAACCUCCGUGCCACCAAGCAGCCGUCCACCAUCACAAAGACCACCUCCAUCUCCUCCUCGGAGCUACCUCCAGCACCACAUCAGCCAGCUGUGCUGCCCCCACAAGACUACCCUGUGCUUACAUAUGUACCAAUACCAAGCACUGCUGGAACAAAAAAGCUGAAAAAGAGAACAGACAUCCCUCUGCCCUCUUCCACCUCCUUCCCAAAACCACCAAGCAGAACUCUGAUUAAACCUGUCAUCCAUAGCCAAACGCAGCCUGCAGCUGCUUCCUCAUCCAUCCAGGGCGUCUAUUUCGUUCCCAUACGACCUGCCCCUGACAACACCAGCACUACUUCCAGCAUCAGCACCGCUUCCAGCAUCAGCACCGCUUCCAGCAUCAGCGCCGCCUCCAUGCAAAGCACACACACCAGCAUCAGCACACCCUCCUGGGCAAAAGCUACCAUCUAUAAAAGGAAGCUCCAAGGACAAAGCUCAGGAGGGGACAGUAAAGUGUCAAGAGUGCACAAUCUCCCCGUUUGUAGUCUCUGUGGCCAAGCUCUCCAGGGACACAAAAAAUACAAAAAGAAAACUUUUUGCCCAGUGACCAAGAUGUCAACUUCAAAGGGUCUUCAAAACAGAGUUUUUGAGAGCUUUGAACAUUUUAGCUCUGUUGUCGAUGACAUUUGUUGACAGAUAUGUUUGUGUUACAAUAAAAAAGAAUUUGUGUUUUUACA